UAGCACGCACGCGGGAGAGGAGAUGGAUGGAGACAUUGGAAGAUUAUGAUUUUGCCCUUCAUUACCAUCCUGGGAAGGCGAAUGUUGUAGCAGAUGCUUUGAGUAGAAAGAGCUAUGGCCAGUUGUCUAGCUUGGGGUUGAGAGAGUUUGAGAUGCAUGCAGUUAUUGAGGACUUUGAGCUAUGUCUUAGUCAGGAAGGACGUGGUCCAUGCUUGUACAGCAUAUCAGCUAGACCAAUGGUUAUCCAAAGAAUAGUGAAGGCCCAAGUUCAUGAUGAGUUUUUAGAAAAGGUUAAAGCCCAGUUGGUAGCAGGUGAGAUAGAUGAAAAUUGGUCUAUGUAUGAAGAUGGGAGUGUGAGGUUCAAAGGGAGAUUGUGUGUGCCAAAAGAUGUGGAGUUGAGAAAUGAACUUCUAGCAGAUGCUCAUAGGGCGAAGUAUACCAUCCACCCUGGGAAUACCAAGAUGUAUCAGGACUUAAAGAGACAGUUUUGGUGGAGUGGGAUGAAGAGAGAUAUUGCUCAGUUUGUAGCUAACUGUCAGAUUUGUCAGCAAGUGAAGGCUGAACACCAGAGGCCUGCAGGGUUGUUGCAACCUUUACCUAUACCUGAGUGGAAGUGGGAUAAUAUUACUAUGGACUUUGUGAUAGGGUUGCCAAGAACUAGAAGCAAGAAAAAUGGAGUUUGGGUGAUUGUGGACCGUCUUACUAAGUCAGCUCAUUUUCUAGCCAUGAAAACUACUGAUUCCAUGAACUCUUUGGCUGAGUUGUAUAUACAGGAGAUUGUGAGAUUGCAUGGGAUACCUGUAUCUAUAGUGUCUGACAGGGACCCUAAGUUUACUUCUCAGUUUUGGCAGAGUUUACAAAGGGCUUUGGGCACCCAACUGAAUUUUAGCACCGCUUUUCACCCUCAGACAGAUGGUCAAUCAGAGAGAGUGAUCCAGAUCUUAGAAGACAUGUUAAGGGCUUGUGUUUUGGAUUUUGGAGGAAAUUGGGCAGAUUACUUACCUUUGGCAGAGUUUGCUUAUAACAACAGUUACCAAUCUAGUAUUGGCAUGGCACCUUAUGAAGCACUUUAUGGGAGACCUUGUAGAUCGCCCUUGUGUUGGAUAGAGAUGGGUGAGAGUCGUUUAUUGGGACCUGAGAUUGUCCAAGAGACUACAGAGAAGAUACAACUCAUCAAGGAAAAACUUAAGACUGCCCAAGAUAGACAGAAAAGUUAUGCAGAUAAAAGGAGAAGGCCCUUGGAGUUUGAGGAAGGGGAUUGGGUGUUUGUAAAAGUGUCCUCUCGAAGAGGCAUAUUUCGAUUUGGGAAGAAGGGGAAGUUAGCCCCUAGGUUUGUGGGACCAUUUCAGAUUGAUAAGAGAGUUGGCCCAGUGGCAUACAAGUUAAUUUUACCUCAACAGUUGUCCCUUGUGCAUGAUGUUUUCCAUGUGUCAAUGCUAAGGAAGUGUACUCCAGAUCCAACUUGGGUAGUGGACAUGCAAGAUGUUCAGAUUAGUGAAGAUACAUCUUAUGUGGAGGAACCUUUACGAAUUCUGGAAGUUGGAGAGCAUAGGUUCAGGAACAAGGUGAUUCCUGCAGUCAAAGUGUGGUGGCAACACCAUGGGAUAGAAGAAGCCACUUGGGAACCUGAAGAAGAAAUGAGACGACACUAUCCGCAACUCUUCUACGAAUUUUAAGAUGCAGAUAUCUCUCCUGAGGAUCCACAGGUGGGACAGGGAGGAUUUCAGGAUGCUCCUGGAGCGGCCUAGUGGAGCGUGGCAUUUAUUUGUUAUUGUGUUCCUUUUUGGAUUUUGGGGAUUUGUUUUAGCAAUUAUGACUCAUGGAUUUGCUAUGAAACUUUAUUUGAUUAAGUUGUUAAUUGUGAACUUUUAUUUUGGACUAUAAUGAAUAUUUAUUUAAUCUUGUUGUUUUGAGUA